AUGGCUGCCUACCUGCUCUUCCUGGGCAUUCUCCUGCUGCUGCCCUCGCCUGCUCCGGCCCCCUGCUACACAGCCGGGCCUUCAGAGUGCAAACAGAAGCGCAACUUUGUGCCAGGUGCGUGGCUGGCCGGGGAAGGAGUGGACGUGACCAGCCUCCGCCGUUCACAUUCCUUCCCCGUGGACACACUCAGCUUCCUGCGGCCAGACGGCACCUGUACCCUCUGCAAAAACGCCUUGCAGGGGGGUGCCGUGCAGCUGCUGCCCCUGGCACUGGAGCACUGGCGGGCCGAGGGCUCGGGCUGCCGGCGCCACGUAUCCAAGGCCGAAGUCAGCUCCACGGAGGCCGUGGCCGGCAAUGCAGCUUCUACCAUCACCAACAACUGGAAGGAAGGGCUGGACGUGUCUCCCAACCCCAGCGUCAACGUGCAGGUAUCCGUGGCCGGCUCGCACUCCCAGGCAGCGAACUUCGCGGCCGAGAAGAGCCACCGGGACCAGUACCGCUUUAGCACAGACAAGGUGGAGUGCCGGCUGUACAGUUAUCACCUGGUGUACACUCCCCCGCUCCAUCCUGAUUUCAGGAAGGCCCUCCGGGAACUGCCCCCGCAUCUCAACACCUCCACCGAGCCUGACUACCACAGGCUCAUCUCCAACUACGGCACCCACUUCAUUCGGGCCGUGGAGCUGGGUGGCCGCAUCUCAGCCCUCACCGCCCUGCGGACCUGCGAGCUGGCCCUGGAGGGGCUCACGACCGAUGAGGUGGGGGACUGCCUGACUGUCGAGGCCCAGGUCAGCAUCAGCGGCCACGCCAGCUCCUCGUCUGAAUACAAGGCCUGUGAGGACAAGAAGAAGCAGCACAAGAUGACGACCUCCUUCCACCAGGCCUAUCGAGAGCGCCUCUUCGAAGUGGUUGGUGGGCACCAGGAAUCCAUGUAUGACCUGCUGUUUGGGAGCAAGGCUGGGCCCGAGCAGUUCUCAGCCUGGGUGACCUCACUAUACAAGAAGCCGGGCCUGGUGGACUAUAACCUGGAGCCCCUUCACGUGCUCGUGUCAACCCAGGACCCACGGCGGGAGGCACUCAAGCAGGCACUGAGCAAGUACCUGAUGGGCAGGGCACGCUGGAAGGACUGCAGCCAGCCCUGCCCACCAGGGCAGCACAAGAGCUCCCACAACCCGUGCCAGUGUGUGUGCCCUGGCUCAGCAGUCACCACCAAGGACUGCUGUCCAAGCCAUAGGGGCCUGGCCCGGCUGGAGGUGACCAUCGUCCAAGCUAGGAAUCUGUGGGGGGACUGGGUCACCGACUCAGAUGCCUAUGUGAAGGUCUUCUUUGGCAAGCAGGAGUUGAGGACUGGCACAGUGUGGAACAAUAACAACCCCAAGUGGGCGACGCGGCUGGACUUCGGGGAUGUGCUCCUGUCCACAGGCGGCCCUCUGAGGGUGCAGGUCUGGGAUGCAGACAAUGGCUGGAAUGAUGACCUCCUCGGCUCUUGUGACCGCUCCCCAACGUCUGGCUCACAUGAAGAGACAUGCCACAUGAACCACGGGGACCUGACAUUCCACUACCGCGCCCAGUGUCUGCCCCACCUGACCGGGCCAACCUGCCUGGUAUAUGCCCCACAAGGGCUCCUGGGGGAACCUCCGGGAAACCGGAGUGGGGCUGUGUGGUGACUCCAGUGAGCUCUGAGAGGCCCGGCAUGCUCAGACAGGGGUUCUCACCAUGGGAACAGGGGCCUGUCUUCAUAUUCCCAUCCCAGGUGACAAACAUACUUUUUUUGUUUCCCACAGUACUGGAGGUUGAGUGCAGGGCCUCGUGAAUGCACAGCAAGUUUUCUACCACUGAGCUACCUCUCAAGCUCUUAAUUUGAAAGUACGCUAAGUUGUCAAAACUGGCCUUGAGCUCGUGAUCCGCCUGCCUCAGCCUCCUGAGCGGCUUGCAUUACAGGAGUCACCACCAUGCUCAGCAGACUUGUACUUUUUUCACUGAGGCAGCUGAGUUUAUAAGCCAAACCUGGGUCUCUCCUUCCAAACUGCCUCAGUCCUCCCACGUUUUCCAGCCUGACAGUCACUGCUACAAAGACCACAACUCUAGCCAGGAGCUUCCACACCAGGCUGCUUACUGUUCAUCAUUUAAGACCCUUCCCUCUUGCAGCACCCUCUGGCCUGGCAAGUUUUUCAUCAUCUUAGAUCUGACCCCUUCUGCCCCCAUCUCUCUGUUUGCUCUGUCUCCCACGUAGUCAGUGCCUGCCAUGACCUGUGUCACUGUGGACAUAGCUUGAUAGAAAACCAAUAAAUUACACUGUAAUGGUGACUAUGAUGGUGGUGUGGUGGCAGAGGCAAGGACGGGGACCAAACACACCCUUACAGACAAACUUCCAUAUCAGGAACCAAGGCAAAACAGGCAAGCAGG